AUGAAGCUCACAAUGACCGCAACAAACCCUUUCUCCCAAUUAAAUUCCGCAAUGCUUUUAGGACAAGCUAUAAGUCUAUCUGUUUUUAUUCUUGCGGGCUAUUUACUACAAAACGAAAUAAAGAGGUAUCGAGGUAGAAUCAAACAUCUUCCUGGUCCUGUUGGCUGGCCUGUGGUCGGCAACCUUUUCCAGAACCAAGACCAAGUACCAGCCGAAACAUACCGAGUCUGGGCAAAGGAGUAUGGGCCUGCGUUCCAGAUACAGCUAGGAAAUACAACGGUUGUCGUCGUCAACACUGUAGAGUCUGCCAAACAGCUAUUCCUCGGACAACGCCAUGCGAUGAACUCUCGACCAACAUUCUAUGUCUUCCAUGGAAAGGUCAGCAAAGCCGUUCCAAGUAUCGGCACCAGCCCAUGGGACGACUCCUGUAAACGUCGCCGCAAGCUCGCAGCUGGGGCAUUGAAUCGUCCGCGCGUAGAAAGCUACGCAUCAAUUUUAAACUUGGAGGCACGAGAGUUCCUCAAAGACCUGUACGAAGAAUGCCGUGGAGGCCUAGUGGAUCUCGACUUCCGUCUAGCUGUCAGGCGCUUCUCCCUCAAUCUUAGUCUGACGCUCAACUAUGGGACAAGAGCCUCCAAUGUCAAGUCUCUAGAGGACGAUCCCCUAUUUUCUGAGAUCAUUUAUGUCGAAUCAGAAAUUUCGAAACUUCGCGACACAGGAAAGAACUACACCAACUACAUACCCUUGCUGCGAUACUGGGAGCCGAUUGCGAGUGUGUUAGGUUUGCAGUCCACGCCGAAGAAUCACGCAAGGGACAUUGGUCGUCGAAGACUGGAAUAUAACGAUGUUCUCCUCAGCCGGCUCAAGGACGAGAUUUCUCGGGGCAAAGACAAGCCCUGCAUUCAAGGUGCUGUUCUGAAAGACCCCGAGUCGGCCACUCUUACACGAGAGGAGCUGAUCAGUGUCAGCCUCAGCAUGAUGGCAGGUGCCGACUCAAACCAGCCUACGUUGGCUUGGGCUAUUCUCUUACUUGCACACCGCCCUGAUAUUCAAGACAAGGCAUAUGGCGCCAUCCAAGAUGCUGGCGUUCUACAGCAACCAUCCAAUACAUAUGCUUCUACGAAGAUUGAUUACAUAGAUGCACUGACAAAAGAGAUCUCGAGGUACUUUGUCGUCCUGAAGCUCGCUCUACCAAAGGCAACAUACACCGAUGUCACUUGGGGAUCCGCCACGAUUCCGGCCAACACUCUGGUCUUCCUGAAUAGCUGGUCCUGCAAUAGAGAUCCUGAUCUCUUCAAAGACCCCGAAGUAUUCGCCCCUGAGCGUUGGCUUCCAGAUGCAACGGACCAAUACGCGCAUCAAUUUGCCUUCGGUAUUGGUGGCAGGAUGUGUGUAGCGUCUCACCUCGCACACAGCGCCUUGUACACAGCCUUUUUGCACUUGAUCGCUCAAUUCAAGAUCUUGCCUGCAGAUGGCAAGGAUUCUGUGGAGAUUGAUCCGAUCAAAGGACUUGAUGGCCUCUCGUUUGUCGCCAAACCGAAAGGUUUUCAGGCGAAGUUUGUGCCAAGAGAUGGAGAACGAUUAGACGGUUGGUUGAAGAGCCCCGACGAGUGCUUGUAAAAGUCUCGAUGAACUCUUCAUUAUUGCAAAGAAAUAGAUCUGGUCAGGGGCGAGGUUGUUUGUGUCCAACCAAUUAAUACUGCGAGGAUAUGUUGAUUCGCUUUGGGCUUGGAGACUUCAAGUAAAUCGUGAGUGGAGGUAUCACUUACGGACGUCCGUGUUCCAUGAAGUGAAGUAGAAUCAUAGAGAUCAGCGCUGUAGAGGUGGUCUGAAGCAGUUUGUGCGACUUGCCAGCGUGUACUGCCAUCCAUUCUAUCGGCGGGACGCCUGUAUACCUGCCUUAACAUCUUGUAAAACCAGCGUGAAUGGUCCGAUGCCUUGAGAUGAAUAAGGU